GACCGACGACGUCCUUGAUCUACAUUUUAAUCUGGCUAAUUACACUGUUGAUGAGCAUUACGAUCUGACUCUAUCCUCAACAUGGAAACUGGUGGCCAGUAAUGUCAGCAAAGUCCAUCACCAUACCGGCCCUGACAAGAUUACCUUUCUGGUAUAUUCCAUUCGUAUUCAGCGCCGGUUCUCGUUUUUCUCUCUGGUAAUGCUGCUGCCGUGUGUGCUCCUGGCGGCGCUUACUCUGACUAUAUUCUGGUUAUCACCGCAGACGACAGACAAGAUGUCCAUGGGAAUGGCAAUAUGGACGUGUUUUUGCGUGAUUCUUCUUAUACUCGUUGAGGUUAUACCUGGAAAUGGAAACGAACAUCCAAUGAUCGGCUUUUUCUUCGUAAUCAACCUGGUCCUGGUAACGGUCACAAUGAUCGUCUCAGUGUUCACAAACAGGAUACGAGAGGCUGACAGCCCCGUGUCUCCAUGGCUUAAAAUGAUAGCCUUUAGUGUGCUUUCGCCACUGCUGUGUAUGAAGAUGCCAUGCAAGCAGAGACCCAACCUCAUUGGCCCAGCUAAAGGCGGCACUGUCCCUGGGGAAUGCCUACCUGACGUGACCUCCGCACCGAACACUGAAGACCAAAUCUUAAAUACAGCACUGAAAACACUGAGUGAAAGUGACCCUUUACUGGCCAUCAUACGUCACAAGCAACUACUGCGCAUGCGUCAGAAAGAAACUAAAGAGAAAAUAGAGGAGGAGCGGCGAAAGGUGGCAGCAGUGUUCGACUAUUUAUUUUUCUGGCUAUUUUUAAUUGGGUUGCUGGGAGUUUGCUAUUGGAUUGGCACCGCAAUCCGUAACAACACUAUCUAACAUAUAGCAAAAACCAUGCAGCGACUGACAGUACAUGUACUGUACGCCAUAGCUUGGACCCAUUAGAAACCAUGGUCUGAGGACUGCUGCACGAUAUUUCAAAAGUGACUUUUUGCCAAGUAGUGCAGGUCACUUGGUCUGUUAUGGCAAUUAUGCAUUUAAUUAAUCUUUGAUUUUAACCAUAGAACAUCUAAUGGGUCUAACCAUACAUCAAAGAUAAGACCGUAUCAUCGGACAUGAGAAAAGAUAAAUUCCUAAUUGAGUUAUCCGACUGUUUAUUUAUUUACUUUAUUUUUAUUAAUUUGCCUUUAUUUUCAUUUUUAUAUAAUAAUUUAAAUUUGGUAAUCAGAUCAGACAUUGCACAUGCCAAUGUAUUCAAAAUUUAUUUGAGCGCAGGGUGUUUUCUCUGCGAGAAAAGUUAUAUUUAUUAUUUAUGCCAAUGCAACUGUAUAAUGCAUUAUUAGACCUACCGAAGAAUUAUAUACCGUAUAUACAUACAAUAGUGUUGUUGUUAUUGAAGGUUACAAUAACAAUAUAUACAACAUAAAACAAACUCGAUUACAAUAAAUUCAAUGAUGGUACCAAAACACUAGGCGAAUUUAGAAGGAAAGUUUAAAGGAAAUAAUACAAGUUUUCAAGCCCUUUUGUCUGCAUGCUCCAAGCUUAAGGUCAAUGUUAUCGUCUAUUGAAAGCGCAAAUAUACGUUAAAAUACUUGCUACACCCUGUAGUAUCACAAGUGUUUAGAAUUAUCAUUAUUGUUGUCAUAAAUAUUAUUAUAAAAUAAAAUGUUUUCAUCGUAUGAACAAUUUAAAUCACCAUUAUUUGUCCUUUCUUUACUGUUUGCAGAUUGAAAACAACGUAUCUGGUAUAACGAUUUUUGAAACACUGUUUAGUCCACUUUUAAGGUGUUAAAACUCCUGUGUUACAGUAAAAGUAGUAUCACAAGUGUAAGCUAUUCAUUAUUAUUAUUAUUAUUAUAUGAACAUUAAAAUCCUAAUAUGUUCAAUAUGCUU